UAACUUUUGAAAUUGACUCCGGCAUUGCUUAAGUUUCUUGAUUUCUUCUCUUUCAAUUCAAACAAGACAAUUAAUUUCUCACGAUCAUCUUCCUGCCAAAUUCUCUCUCAGUUUUCCUGAACAGUUAAUGGCAAUGAAACACAGAAAACUCUUCCCGGAUUCAUCUAACAGUUCUAUAGAUUGCACGUAUUAUUGUGAUCCUGGUUGCCCUUUUAACUGUGUGCCUUUUCCAGUUAUUGAAUUUCCCCCACCCCCGCCGCCAACUCCUCCUCCUCCUCCUCCCCACCAUAGAAGCACAAUUUCACCUUAUUUGAUCAUAUUUAUUUGUUUAGUAGCCAGCUUCUUCGUUUUUAUUUUUUUGUAUGCGAUCAUAGUGAAGAGUCGUGAGCGCACAAAUAAUGACUCUCAACAACCAGGUGGAGACGAAGAGUUUCUUGAUGAAAACAGAGUUGAUCACCCCAUAUGGUUCAUCACCACCGCUGGGUUGCAGCAGUCCAUUAUAAAUUCCAUUACCGUCUGUAAGUACAAGAAAGGUGAGGGGUUGAUUGAAGGAACUGAGUGUUCCGUUUGCUUGAAUGAAUUCGAAGAAGAUGAGACUGUUAGGCUAUUGCCAAAGUGCAAUCAUGCUUUUCAUAUUUCCUGCAUUGAUACUUGGUUAAGUUCUCAUAUCAAUUGUCCCAUGUGUCGUGCCUUCAUAGUCUCCGACACCGGUGCUUCUCCUUUGGUAACUGCGGAACAGAAUUCCGGGGAUUCUAACUUACUUGAGCACACUCUUGCUGAGAAUUCAGAGAUUGAUUGUGAGUUGGGUGAGAAUCGGGAGAGAAAUGGUGAGGAAUUUUGCGAAAACAGGACAGGAACAGAGGAGGAUGACAUGCUGCAGCCUGGUGCUGAAAGAGUAUUGAAGGAUGGUGAGAAUUUUAAUGAGACUUGUGUUUUAGAAAUAGAUAAUAUUGCCGGAGGUGGAAUUCAGGUUCUUAAGAGUGAAAUACAGGCUUUCAGAAGGUCUGUUUCAUUGGAUUCUUCAUUGGCGGAGACCAUAUGUCUUGGUUUGGCUGAUUUCUGCCCAGUUGAAUCAGGAGAUUGUUCGGUUGAUCAAACAAAAGAUGCACACAAAUAUCAUUCAACUAUGGUUUUGAAUCAAGAUGGUGAUCAAUCAAGCACCUCUCGACUGACGGGUAGUUCUUCAAUUGCGCAAUAUCUGCAUAAGGGUCCUGUGUCCAUGAAAAGAUCCUUCUCUUGUAGUGGAAGGUUUUUGUCGUCUAGACGAAAUAGGAGCUUGAAUGCAAUUCUACCCUUAUGAAGACUUCAAGGAUUUGAGUCUUUGGUAUAUUUGGUUAUAGAGGAGAUUAUUUUUGCAAUGCAAAGAUGAACACAAUCUAUGUGUAAGCAGUCCAUUUAAGUCUGCUUUUUGCACCAAGUACAUAACUAAGACUUGAGAUGAUGAGCUAUGGGAUAGUAGAGGAUUGUGGAGAAGGUGAAGCUACUUCAGAAGAAUAAAGUUCAAACAAAGGCUCCAACUUCAGUUCUAAAGUAAAACAAGAAUAAGUUCUGUUUACUGGUGUGAAUGUGUGAUACAGAGGAGAUUAAACCACUGCCUUGGGAGUAAAAAAGGUAACAUUUCCACUCAAGGAUACCUGCCAUAUCAAUAUGUCAUCCUUUUUUCAGAGGUUAUGUAAGCCAAAAAUUAAAAGGAAAAACAAAGACUAGUUAGAUUGCAGUGUUAUGUCAGAAAUGUUUCUACACGGAUGAAACAAUUGGUUAGACUAAGAAUGUUUAGGAUUAUUUGGGGUAUUCUGAAUUUUUCCUUGAGGAAGAUGAUGAUUUCAUGUUAAUUUUCACUCCAUAACCUUGUAAUAGAGAGCAAUGAAUCUGUUUAUAACUUUAGGUCAUAUUUAGCAAAACGUAACAUUC